AUGGUGAUUCCAAUGGCGGUCUAUACAAGCUAUGAGGACAUGGCCACUACCAUGAUCGGCGAUGUAUUCAGGCAGCCGGAGGUCAAACGACCUCCAAUCGCCUCAUUGCGGGCGGUGGAAGACGAGGAUGUUCAGCCAUUUAUUCGAAAAGAAUUUGCUCGUCUUCCAAAGCCUCCUAAAGUUAGUCAAGGCACACGCCUUCCAAGUUCCAGUGCGAAGGGAUUCACAGGCCUCAACAAUGUCAUGCAUAGCAGGCAAGGAUUGAACUACCGACUACAACUAACGCAGGCAAUGAAGCUCAUUUGUACACAGUGCUUUGGUCUACCAAAGUACUUUGCCUUCCUCAUAGUCAAAAUCCUUCAAGUAAACGUGGAUUUUGGGCAUCUGGCGGUGCAGGCUGUACGAGGUAGUUUCUCCAUGACCGCAGCAGAUGCGGUUAGGCUCCCCUCUUCCCUCUCCCAGACAGAGUGCAUGGUGCAACAGCUACAGCAUUUCUUUGACAUCUGCCUGCGUGGGCGUUGCAUUGUUCGCCGCGUCUUUGAAAUAUUAAUGCUUAGCUCUCUUGUUGCGACAGGCGGGUCAGAGAAUUCGACGCGAGGCGGCGGUGGUAGUAGUGGGCACAGGUUCGCGCAGGACGCGGCGAGGGAGCGGCAGCGGUCGUACCUGCUGCCAGGUGACUUUUGUGCGUACCUCGAGGUGCUGCUCGAGCAUCACCCGGGUCUUCUCUUCCUGAAGCGGACCCCCGACUUUCAGUCCAGGUAUCUAGAGACGGUCAUCUAUCGCAUCUUCUACGACCUUGAUCGCUUUAACCGUGGGCGCAUCACGUACGCUGAGCUGGAGUGCUCUUCCCUGCUAGACGCACUUCGGCAGGUGGACGCGACAAACGACAUCAACGCGGUUUUGCUCUACUUUUCCUACGAACACUUCUACGUACUCUACUGCCGCUUCUGGGAGCUCGACGAGGACCGGGACAUGCUGCUCUCCCGCGCGGAGUUUAUGAGGUACGCCCCGGCCGGUAUGAUGAACCCCGUCAUCGCCGCACGCGUGUUUAGCGGCGCUGGCCGCCGCACGACUUGCGAGCGCAGGGACCGCAUGAACUACGAGGACUUUGUUUGGUUCUGCCUCUCCGAGGAGGAUAAGUCAACCCCCACGGCGAUCCGCUACUGGUUCCGCAUCCUCGACCUCGAUGGGGACGGGGUCCUCUCCGCCUACGAGCUGCGCAGCUUUUACGACGCGACGAGAGAAAAGCUGGCGGCCCACGUCCCGGACGGGGGCGUGCCAUUUGAGGACGUGAUCUGCCAGAUAUUUGACAUGUUUGCCGUGGAGGCGUCGUGCGGGCUGCGGCUUGAGGUGCUUCUGGCGAAGCCGGAGGCGGCGGCGGUGGCGCUGAACGUGGUCACAAACGUGGUUCGCCUGCUGCAGUUCGAGCAGCGGGAUCCGUUUGUCACGCACCAGGACCGGCUGGAGGGGGGCCUGGAGCAGUCGGCGUGGGACCGCUUUGCGCGUGCCGAGUACGACCGCCUCUCCAGCGCGCGGGGGGAAUGA